AUGCUAAAAAUACAAAAAAAAGGAAUUGGUAAAAUAAUCCAUGUGCUUGAAAGCAAUGAAGAAAGCGAAGAUGUUUUGAUUACAAAUAUAAAUGAGAUAGAACAGAUAUUCCUUAAAUGUUUUAGAAAUGAAAAUAAGAAAAAUCGGAAAAUAAUUAACACGUACAUAAUUCCAUAUAUUAGUAUAUUAUUAGAACGUAUAAAUAAUGGUAGUGGGUAUAAUGAUAAUCAUAUAUUUAAAGAAAAAUUAAUGAAUAGAAUAUUAACAUUUUUUUUUUCCUUAAUAAGAAUAAAUAAAAACUAUUCCUAUUUAAUUAUAUCUUAUUUUGUAAACCUUAUUGAGGAAAAACAUUAUCUUGUGAAAAUAAUUGAGUAUUUAAAAAAAACUAUAAUAUAUUUGUUAAAAGGAUUAUUGUUUGUACGUGCAAGUUUAUAUAAUGACAUUAAUAAAACUAUUGAAAAUGUGGAUGGCGAUCCAGCAACUGUUGUCUUUGAUGAGAAACAACAUGAACUAGAUCAGAUAAAAGAAGGGUUUCAUAGUUAUGUUAUAUUAAAAUCCAAGAUUUUUAAUAUUUUGUUAAAUUACAAUUUUGAGAAAUAUAUUAAAGAAAAUCCAUAUAAAUAUGAUAUAAUUAAAAAUUUAAUGUUAAUAUUUACAAAAGAAAUAUUAUAUUUUUUUCAUAUAUUAAGAAAUAAAAAAAAUAUAUUUAAAGAAAUCUUAUCUCAAGAAAAAUAUGUACACCAUAUUAUUAACGAGAUGCUUGAUAUAACAUAUUUAAAUGAUGUUUCUAAUAAAGUUAACUUAAAAAAUUUUGAUGAAAUUAUAUUAAUAUGGUUAGAACAAAAUAUUCGUUUAUUUAACGAUUUGAUUUUAUUCUCUAUCAGUAAACACAAUAAUAAUAUUGGUUGUUUAGAAAAAAAAACUAACGCACAAAAUUCAACUUCUAUGUUUAGUUUUCCUAAUGUUAUGAACAAAUUAAAAAAUAAUAAUAAUAAAAAUAACAAACAAACUUGUAAAGUUAAAAAGGAAAAUAACGAAGCAUGUGAAGAUCAAGCUGAGUUGGAAAAUCAUAAUAAAGACACAAAAAAAAUGGAAUUUGUUAACAAAUUAAUAUAUUAUUUUGAGGAAAAAAAAAAUAGUGUUUCUGAAAAUGAAUUAAAUGGUGAUGAUAAUAUAAAAAAUAAGAAACAGCUUUUGAAAGAUGAAAAAAAAAAAAUAAAUAACGAUAUUGGAAGAAAUGCUACAUAUGAUUAUGUCAAUAAAAUCGAUGAGGAAAGUUGUGAAAAAUAUAUGAUGUAUGAAAAUAUUUAUUAUAAACCUCCAAACUGCAAUUUAGAUGGAAAAGAGGAAAUAGAAAACAAAGAAAAAAUUAAAUAUCUAAUAAAUGAAGAUUGCUUAAUUAGUAACAUAAAUGAAAUAACAACAGAUAAUAUUAUUUUCUUAACUCAUUUAAUGCGAAACAUUUUUUAUUUAAUUCGAAUAGACCCUUUUAUUCUAAAUUUUUUUAUUCAAAAUAUAUUUGCACUUAUUAAAAAAUUAAUGUUUUUAAAAGAUUCCAUCAAAAACAUAGACACAUAUGCCUCUUGUAAUAAUCCUAAUAAAGAAACUGGGAAAAAAGGAAACAAAAAGUCAAAAAAAAAUGAAGGAAAUAAUGAAAUAAAACAUUCAAAGGAAGAUUUAUUUGAUUGUCUACUAUAUUAUAUAAAAAACGAGUUAUACAUACUUAUAUGUAAAAUUGAUGUGAAUUUUCCUUUUUAUUAUUCAUAUAUUACUAUCCUAUUAAAUAUUAUGGGAAUAUAUGGAACAACAGAAGAAUUAAAAGAAAAAAAAAAAAAUUUACUUAAUAGUGUAUAUAUAAAUAAAGAGUUAGAUAAAGAAUUGUAUGGUGAAGAUGACGAAGAAGAAGAGGAUAAAGAAAAAAGAAAACUUCAAGAAAAUUUCCAUCUUAAUAAUCAAUACCUACAGAAUAAAAAUGUUUUAAAAAAAGAAGGUUAUGGAUAUAAAAAAUUAAGAAAUGAACAAGUUGAUAUAAUGUCCUAUUUAAAAGUAAAAAUGAAUGAAAAUGAUUCUAAAAAUCGAAAUUUUAAAAAAGAAGAAAAGGAAAAUAUAUUUAUAAAUCAAGUUAUUAAAAAAUUAUAUCUUACAAAUUUUAAUUUAAAUAAAAAAUAUUAUGAACAAUUAAAAUGCUUCAAAAAAAUUAAUUUAGUGGAUAUUGUUAAAAAUAGUAAAAUAAAUUCAAUGAAUUGUGAAACAGAAUUAAGCCAAGAAUAUUAUUAUUCUAAUAACCAUUCGAAUUUUUUAAAAAAUAUAAAAAAUGAAGAAGACACAACAAGUAGAUUAAGAAAAACAAAAAACUCUACGUCACAUAUCUGUAAUGAUAAUAAAAAUUCCAAAGUUAAUAUUACAACCCAAUUAAAUAAAUAUGAUGAAAAAAAAAUGGAUAGUGAAGAAAUGAAGGAAGGAAAUAAUAAGAGAGGAUAUUUAAAUAAUAUGCAAAGCAUGGAAAAAAAUUUUGUUGAUUUAUUUUACAAAGAUAUGUAUACCCAAUUUUUAAAUAGUAAUUUAAAAUAUUAUGGAAAUAUAAAGAAUAAUGAUACUAUACUUGGAUCUAUAGAAUUGUAUUAUUUUUUAUUAUUUUCACAAAUUAUAAAUAAUAAUCUUGAAAAUAACGUUCAAGUUUUAGGAGAAAAUAUAUUUAUUAAAAAAAUUAAUAAUUUAAAAAUAAUAAAUAAUAUAGUAAAAAGAAUAAUAUUAAAUAAUAUGAUGAGGGAAAAUUUAAAAUUUUUUUUUCUUACCUUAUACAUUAUAAAAGUUAAUUCGACGGUAGUUUUUACUGGUACAAAUAAAAGCACAUUUUUGAACUACUCAUUGAUAUUUAAAAUGCUUAAUAAUAUUCUAUUUUAUUCAUAUAUACAAGAAAAAAGUAAAAUGGAUAAAAAUAAAGAUCCGAAUAUCGAAUGUACUACAGAAACUAAAAAAGAUCUUAAUGUGGAUUGUAAGACAAAUUUUAAAAAAACAAAACCAGAUUACACAUUAGGAUACGCAUUGUUUUGUUAUAACUAUUUAAACCAAAUAAAAAAUAAACUAAAAAAUAAUGAAUAUGCUUAUCGAUCUGAAUUACAAAAAAAAAAUUAUAAAUUUAAAUGCUUAUAUGGGGAAAUAUUUAAUAUUAUUAUUUAUUUUUUACAUAAUGAUAAUUUAUUAACAAAUAAUAGAGAUCAGUAUAUAAAAACAUUUAUUGAAAAAAUAUUAGAAACACCAAAAUUACCUUUCACUUUUUUUAUAUAUCUUAUUAUGUGGUUAAAUAAUAUACACACACAUAUAGAUUACAAAGGAUAUAUUAAUAAUACUAGUUGCGAUAAUCUUAUACGUGGAAAAAAUGAAAGUGAUAAAAAUAUUAUGAACAAAAUUAAAUUUUCAAAAAAUUUAACUGAUAAAAAUAUUGAAGAAAGCAAAAUGGAAACAAGCAUGAAUGAAAAACAACCACCAAAUUAUAUUAAUGAAUUUUCUACAUAUGAAAAUGCUGAAAUAAAUCAUAAUGAAAAAAAUAAAUUAAUAAAAGAUAACGAUGAUAAUAAUGAAGAAAUAAAUGUACUUAGCUGCGAUCAAUACUCAGAAGGUGUGUGCUCAUAUUUUGAUGUAGAAACUGAUAAGAUAGAAAUGGAGACUUUAUCAAAUGAUGAAUCCAUAGAAGUAGAUGUAAAUAUAAAAGAGAAAACAGAAAAUAUAGAAGGUUCUUUGGCUAGCGAUCAAGAAGAAAGAGAUAUUGGUAUAUCAUCCUAUAUAAAGAGGAAUGAAGAGAGGUUAAGUAAAUUUUCUUGUGAAGAAGAGGAAAUAAAAUCAAAACGAUUUAAUAUAAAUUAUUAUAUUCGAUAUAGUUAUAGAUCUGAAAAUUCAUCAAACUAUUAUAUUUUUAGUUUUUCACUAAUUUCAAAUUUAUUAAAGAAAAAUAGUAAUAUAAAAUCGAAAAAGACAGUAUUAGCUAUAUAUAUUAAUACAUUAUAUAAUUCAAAUAAUGAAAUAAAAACAUUGUUGAAAAAAUUAAUAACGGCAUCAAAAGGGAUAUAUAACAACACAUUAAAUUUUUAUGUAUAUACAAAAAGGAUAUAUAAUUUUUAUCAUAAACUUUUUAUUUUAUUUUUAUUAUAUAUAUGUAAUAUAUAUAUACCCCAUUUAAAAAAUGAUAUUCUCUUUUUUUCCCAUUUUGCAUUUUAUUUAUGGCCUAUAGAAUUAAUUAAUUUUAUUCAUAAUUUUUUAAUAGAAAAUUUUUCAUUUUUCUAUAAUGAUUUAUUAGCUAUAUUUUCAAAUUAUAAAAAUAUACAAAUAUAUGAACAAAAUAUGAGAUCCUUAAAAAAUUUUCAACACAUUCAACAAAAAUUAAAUGAAUACACAAAUAAUAUUGAUAACCCAGACAUUUUUCAAACAUUGGAAGCGUUUCUAAAAGAGACUGAUUUUUUCAAUACUAAAAAAGAAGAGACAGAAGAAAAAAAAAAUGAACAGGAAAAUAAAAUAAAAGAUGAAAAAAUUAUUAACAAUAUAGAAGAAGAAAAGGAAUGCUUACAAAAAAAUGAAAUAUCACAAAAGAUACUAAUAGAAGAAAUAUUUAUUUUUUUAUUUUUAAAAACAUUAAAUUUAAUAGAAGAUAAUAAACUAUUUGAAAAAAUUAAAAAAUCAAAUAUAUUUAUUAACCUUGUUAGUAUUGAUUAUGUAAACUCCUUAUGCAAUUUUGUUAUAUCUAAUAUUGAACAACUUUAUGAAAAAAAUAAAGAUGAAUUUUGGGCACAAUUUUCUUCACUUUUACAAGAGGUUUUACCAGAUGAUAUUAAAAUAAAAACUUCUAACAAUAAUACUGAUGAUAAGGGAAGUUAUUCAGAUUUGCGCGAAAUUAUCACUUUUGUAAUAAAUGCAAUUGAUAACUAUUUAAGUAUAUGUGUAAAAUCCUCUAUGUUUUUUCAUUUAUAUUUAUUUACAUAUAAUAAUUGUGUUAAAAAGGAAAUCAGGGAUAUUUUACUAAACAAAUUUAUUAAGGCAUUAUCUUCUCUUAAAUCAUUAUAUCAUGAAGAAAUUUUCAGAAUUUUAAAAUAUAAUAAUAAAAUAAACUAUGACGAAUCUGAAAAUGGAGAUACCAAAAAUAGUGAUAUUAAACCAGGAGAAGAAAAUGCUAAAAUAAAUAAAGAUAAUAUAGUAGAGGAUGAAGAAAAAUCAGAAACUGCAUCCGUAACAAAUGAAAAAGGCACUGAUGAUAAUUCACAUAUAAAUAUGCCUUUUCAUAUUAAUAUAGAAAUAAUUAAAUAUAUUAGUAAAAGGAUGUAUGAACAUCCCUCUCAUCCUACAGAAGAAGCUCAUAUAGAUUUUUUAAACUUUUGUUAUAAUUUGUACUUAGAAAAUAAUAAUAUACUUUUUAUUGUUGAAUUAAUUGGAUUUUUAAAAAAAGAUCAAACUUUGUAUAUAUUUAAUGAAAUAAUUAAAAAUGAAAUGGAUGAAAAUAAAAAAAUUGAAAUUUUAAGAGCCUGUAUUGAUAAUAUUAUUAAAUUGCCUUAUUCAUAUAUUAUGGAAAAAAAAAAUGAAAAUGAAUCUUAUUAUAUAACUAAUAUUGAAAUUUUUUAUUUUUAUUAUAAUUUAAAUAAAAAUAAAAACAUUCAAAGAAUCAUGUUGGACUAUUUUGUAACAAAAGUUAAUUUAAAUCAAUUAGACGAUCAAGAAAACAAUAAAAUGGCAAAUGAUAUCACAAUAAAAGAUAUAGCUAAUAUUAUUCAACAACUAGCAGAAAAUACGGAUUCUAUAUUCCCUAUAUAUGGAAGAUUUUUAUGUCAAGUAACAAAGAAUAUAAACAUAUUAAGAGAAUUUGUUAGUAGUAUUAUAAUCCCAUUAUUAAUACAAAAAAAAAUAUGGACAAAUAAAUUCAUAUGGAAAGGAUGCUUAAUGUGUAUAUCUAUGUUAUGGCCAGAUUUCAAGCAUUCUCUAUUUUACAUUUUUUUUAUGUUACCAGAAGCCGAAUGCACUGUGCUGUUUAAUUUGUUAAAGCCCAAAUAUCCCAUAGCAACUGAUUUAGUUGAUUUAAUAUCCACAAAUGAACAAGCAAAAAGGAUGUGCCCAUAUUAUUUGAAGAAUUUGCUAAACAAUGGAUAA